AUGGCGCGAAUGCGGCCGAGCGGGAGCGUGCUGUUCGCCGUGGUGGGUCGCACGCAGUACGCCUUCGAUGUUUACUCCGCCACGCUGCCGCCCCACUUCUUCCGCCACCCGCCUGCACAGUCCCCAUCUUGGCCCGCCCACACUCGCGCUGCCGCCGGUGGCGCAGAGAGCGCAGAGAAUACAGCAGGUGGUGCGGGCAACGCGACAGGUGUGGGUUGUCCCGCAAGAGGCAAGAGCGACUAUAGUAGUGGUAAUCGGCAGGGGCUGGCAGAGGGCGGAGACGAAGCGCGGGCGGGAAGCGGGAGCGGUGGGGGGAAGACGGCGGGGCGAGGGACGAUAAGCGAGCAGCGGCACACGGCGACGGGUGGCAGCGCCAGCCACAGCGCGCAAUUCACAGUGGGCGUGCGGAGCAAACGCGACGGCGGAGGGCGGGGUUGGAAGAUCACGGGGGGAGUUGGCGCGGAGGGGCGUGGGGGCGAGUUGGGGCUGGUGUUCGUGUCAGAGGCGGAGGCCGGGGCGGGGAACGUGAUGUUCUGCGAAGUGGCGCAAGGGUUGGGGGAAAAAGGCGCGGGGGAGGAGGUUGUUGCGAAGGUGUCGGGUGGAGAAAGAAUGGAAGAGACGAAGGGCGGUGCGGCGGGCAGUGCAGUGGCGGAAGGGGAGGAUGGUGCGGGGCUGCACGAGGGGGUGCAGGCGAUGCAGGCACAGUGGGGGAGACUGGCAGUGGAAGCGGAGCGGCAGGGGGAUGCUCAAGAGACAGAGAAGCGGCGGAUGCUAGCGGGGGAUUACGGUGAUGGAGGGGAGGGGGGUAAGGGCUCUGUGCUGCGCGCAUGCCAGGGCAGGCGCGGGAAGCAGAGGCAGGGGGGAGAAGGGAUGCAGGGGGGAGAGGAGGGUCAGGGCAGCGCGCACAGCGAGGAGGGGUGUGAGGCGGUGCAGUUGACGCAGGGCGUGGCAUGGCAUGACCGCCCUGCCAUGGUCGCUGCUGCUGCUGGCCCCUACCUCGUCUUCGCACGCACACAGCCUGGCCACCCUGCAGCACAGGGGGGCACGGCAGGCGCAUGGGCAGGCGGGCAAGCAGAGGGAGGAGCGGCGCGGUUGAGCUGGAGCACAGUGCACGUGCAACACAUGGGGGGCAACGGCACCACUACAGCUAAGAUUCGCAUUCGCUGUGUUAAUUUUUUCCCCCACAGCAAACACUGUGUGACACCCCCUCAUCUCGCUGACUUCUCCCCCAGCGUCUCUCCCUCGGGGCGCUGGCUCGCUGUCGCCUCUGCUCCCGCCCACUACUCCUCUCACCGCACUCGUGCCAGCGCUGCUGCUGACAUGGACACGGGUGGCACUCAGGUCCCGCUAAACAUGCAGCAGAGGGACCUGCUAGCGCUGCCCACUGCCAUCCACGUGAUGCGCCUGCCGGACGGCAAGCAUCGGCAGCAGGUGGUAGCGCAGGGAGGGUGGCCGGCGUGGGGCGAGGACGACUCGACUCUCCUCUUCCACCGCCUCGUGCAUGCGGGAGGGCACGCGGGGCAUGAUGCUGCUGAGGGGGCGCAGCAGGAGGAGGGCGGUGAGGGGUGGUUCGGUGUGUUCCAGGUGCAGCUGGACCUGCCUGGAGAGAACCAGGGGGGGUUGCAGCAGAGGGCGGAUGGUGAGGAGGCUGCCUUCAGCAGCGCAGCUACCAAGGCAGAAACAGAUGUUGGCGCUAGUGCAGGGGCGAGUGCAGGGGUUGGAGAGGGGAGCAUUGGGGUGGGCAGGGAGGAGCGCCUCACACCGCCUGGGCUACAUGCCUUCACGCCCUCCUCUGCUGCCGCCUCCCCAUGCGGCCCCUUCAUUGCCCUCACCACCCGCCGCCCCUCCUCGCCCUUCCGCCACGUGGAGCUGCUUCACCUGCCCUCGCGCCAGCUGUACAUGCUGACUCAGCACUUCCGCCCGGACGCCAAUCACUACACGCCGUCAGUGGCGCCGGACGGAUCGCGAGUUGCGUACCACCGUUGCCGGUGCGCCGACGCGGACGGUGGAGAUGAGGAAGGUUUAACGGAAGACGGUGCACCAGUUGCAGAGGGCCGCAAGGGGGCAGGCAGCAAAGAAGAAACAGUAGAGGCGCACAACCAGGAGGCGCACCGAGCACUGUUAGCCCAACCCCCUCUCACACUCUCACAACCCGUAUCCCCUCAGCGCGCACACACGGACUGCACGGACUGCCACGGGUACUACGUGGAGCCCAUCGCCACGCCCUUACCGCCCUCCACGCCCUUCACCCUCAUCCGCACCGCUGGCCUCUUCCCCGCUCUCUCCCCAGACGGCCGUCUCCUCGCCUUCAUCCGUGCUCUCAGCGGCCCCAGUGCCGGGGUGUAUGUGGUGCCGGCAGACGGCAGUGCGGCACAGCGGCAGGUGUUUCAGGGCCCCGCGUUUGGGCUGGCGUGGAACCCCAUGGUGCCCGGGGUGCUGUACACGAGUGCGGGGCAGGGGUUUGCGCCUGGGGAAGCAGAGGUGCAUGUGGUGGAGGUGUCAGGGGUGGGCGCAUGGCUGUUCCAAGAGGGGCGAAAGGGGGAGGGGAAGGCGGAGGGAGGGGCGGGAGGGGGGGCUGAGGGUGAGAGAGAAGAGGAGGACAGUGGCGGUGGCGGCAGCAGCAGCAGCAGCAGCAGCAGCAGCAGCAGCAGAACUGGUCGGGGCAGAGUGAACGGUGUGGCGUGGCGGCGCCUCACUCUCCCCGGCACGCGCAACAACGCCUUCCCAGCGCCGUCCCCAUGUGGGCGGUGGAUAUUGUUCCGAUCAGCGCGCACGGGCCACAAGAACCUCUUCCUCAUGGCUGCUCAGCACGGCGAGCGGGGCGGUGUGUGGCAGGUGAGCGACGGGCCGUGGACGGACACCAUGCCCGCAUGGGACCCUUGGGGCAGGUGGAUCGUGUUCAGCUCUGAUCGCGCUGGGCAGGUGGAGCAGGAGAAGCAGCGGCAGCAGGCAGCAGAUCAUCAGCAGGUGGUGGUGCGUUUGUGGCACAACGGGCCAUGGGGGCGAGUCAACCACGCUGCCUUCAGCCCUGACGGGCACUUCCUUGUUGUCACCGCAGACGUUGCAGGCAUGUCUGCAGACCCUGUGGCAUACCCACAGCAGUUCCAGCCAUACGGCGAGUUAUUCCUGCUGCAGUUGAAUCGUACGAAUCACCCGCCGCAGACUGUUGCUGCUGAUGAGCGCAGGGGUGGCAGUGCUGCUGAUACCUCCAGCAAUGGCAGCAAUGGCAGCAGUAGCAGUGGUGGUGGCAGUGCAGUGGAGGGAGAGUCGGGUGAGGAGCAGCUGAGUGUGCGGCAGUGGGAGUGCCUCACGUUCAACCCAUAUGAGGACGGCACACCCUCAUGGAGCCAGCACACGGUGCACCCCUCACCACUGCACACCCAGAGGCACCGAGUGACGUGUGACUUUGACGACGUGGGGGCUCUGGCAGGGCGUGUGCAUGUGGAAGAGUGA